AUGAUAGUAGCAAUAUUGUGUUCGGAAACAAUAGGAUGUGGCUAUCCCAUCCAAGAGCCAAUUCGACCGACACCUCCGGUUACCCAAACAAAUUCAAGUACUCACUUAUCGAAUCUGCCAGAUUCGCGGAGAUUGAACACAGUCGCACUUCUCGGGACUCAUGAUUCAGCAACAUAUUCCGUGAAAGGUCGUUUGACUCAAACACAAGUGAUGACUAUAACUGAACAAUUAGAAUUCGGCGUUCGCGUGUUUGAUAUGCGAGUUCGUCGCAAAAACAAUGAAUUUGCGAUGUAUCAUGAUUUCGUAUUCUUAAACCAAAUGUUUGAAGAUAUAUUAAUAGAGAUAAAAAUAUUUUUGAAAGCUCAUCCCCGAGAGCUAGUAAUAUUGCUAAUGCAAGAGGAAUACGAAGCUGAAAAUUCAACUUUGAACGUGUGUCGAAUUCUAGAAAAAUAUGUUCAAAAGAAAAAACGAUUCGUCCGACAUUGGUCACUCAGUGACACUAUCGAAGAACAUCGUGGAAAAAUUUUAUUCGACCAAAAUCAACAUAGUUUCUCGAGAUGUAUAGUUUAUUUACCCUGCGCGAUCCAAAAUUUUUGGCAAAUGACCUACUUAGAUGCAUAUACAGACAAAUGGAAAAUGAUCUUGAAAAACUUUCAAGAUAUAAUGUUCGAUCCGUAUAGAGAUACUCAAUGCUACAUUAAUUUUUUAUCUGGCCAUGGUGGCUUUUUGGAAUCACCAUUCGAUAUUGCUAAGUUCAUGAAUCCACGAAUGACUGAUUAUUUUCGUAAUCCUAGAAACACCUUGUACAUCAUUAUGGCCGAUUUUCCGACAACUGAGCUCGCCACGAAAAUCAUCGGUAGUAAUCAAUUGCCAUAA